ACCUUUCCAGGAUACGCUGAUCUUUCUGGACGACCUCAUCCGUCCGCUGAAGCCGGCUCCCGGCGGCUGGAACAGCGAGACGGCCAGUCUGUUUGUCGAAUAUGGCGAACUUGCCAACCCGCUGUGGCUGUCCUCGACGAUUGUCGAUGUCAUGUCGCUGAUCGAAACCGAAACCGAGCCCGCCACUGGCCCUGGCAGCAAGAGCUUGGAGCGGCAGCGACUUGUGGUGCUCAUCAAGGAAAUUACGAUGCGCGACAUUGUCCCAGCCAUCAUCUUUCGCGAACGGCUCGAGAGCGAUCUGCUCGAGGCCGUUGGCCUGAUCAACGACCAGAAGAGCUACGAUCGGCGCCAAAUCCGCACCCGCACCAUGAAUCUGUACAAGCAGCAAAAGUUCAAUCUGCUGCGCGAAGAGAGCGAGGGAUACUCCAAACUGCUGACGGAGCUCACCGCCAGUCUUCCUCCGCCGCCUCAGAACGGCUGGGCCAUCGACGACGUAUACAAACAGCAGCUCGCGAGUGCCGUCGGGGCCACGCUGAACAACGUCAAGAGUCUGAUCGGAUACUUUGACCUCGACCCGAACCGCGCCUUUGACGUGAUCCUGGACUGCUUCAUCGCCAAUGUGUCUGACCACUGGCGGUUCUUUCUGGAGCUGAUCGAGGCCAGCCCCUGGACCAAGCUCGUCAAGACCAAAGGCCUCGACGGCGAAGAGGUCGAGACCCGUGUCGGACUGCCGCUCUGCGCCCAGGUCUUAGGCUUCAAGUUCACCGCGUAUUUCAGCCCGGACUUUGUCGGCCAGACCCCGGUCUCGCUGUUCCAUGUGGCCGCCCUGCUGAUUCGCCACAAAAUCAUCACCCUUAACGAUAUCUGGCCACAUCUGGGUCCCGACGACGACGAGAUUUCCGGAGAAUACGAGGCAUACCUUGCCAAAGUUGCCGAGCGGUGCAAGUCAGCCGGCCAGAUGAAGGGCCUCGAGCUCGCUGGCAUCCUGGCCGACGACGACUCCACUCCCUACAAACCCAGCAUGCGCUCUGUUGAGCGCACAGGCUCCUCCAUGUCCGUGGAUGGUGCCGCACCCAGCACUGUCACCGAGGCCGGCGCUGAGAAAGAAGAGCCGCCGAAACCCAGAAAGCUGAACCAGAAAGCCGGAUUGGCGAACGCCCUCGUGGUCAUGGGCGAUCAGGUCAAUGCUCGUCUCAUUCUCCAGCGGCUGCCAAAUUUGAUUCACAUGUAUCCCGAGAUUGCUGAGGGCUUCUGUCGCCUCCUGCAUGUUAUCCUCGAGCCCUUGGUGUCCUCGCUCCGUGUCAAGAAGCCGCCUCCGACGCUUCCAGCACAGAGCACUGUGGUAUCGAUCCACCCUCCAAACCUCCGGAAGCUGCCCAGCAAGGAAGAGCUCAAUCCGAACCCAACGCUGAUCCUGAACCCCAAGUACUGCGAUCUGAACGACAAGGUCUACAUCGGCAAACGCCUCCAUCCGCCAAAGUAUCGAUUUGCGUACGAUCUCUGGAAAGACAAGCUGCCGCGGGCUUCUGGAUUCAGUGAUGCGCUUCGCAUCAUCCGAACCCUCCUGCAGAACGUGGGUCCGUACUUGCAUCGCGACAUGCUGCUGUUCAGCAAGCUCGUGCGCAUCGGCGCUGCACACGUCCGACAGGCGGAUAUUCAAGAGAAAGAAAAGAAUGUCUGGCUUAACAUCAUUGCACAGUCCUUUUUCCCCGCGCUCUCGCAAACCAAAGCCAACCCUGGACUUGCAACAGAGCUGUGGCAGCUUGUCUCCUGCUGGCCAUACGAGACUCGGUUUGCACUCUACGGGGAGUGGAGACACCGCACAUACGAAAACUAUCCCGAGCUCCGUGUCGCGCGGGCAGGAUGUCUCAAAGACAUCAAGUGGAUCAUGAAGCGGCUCGCCAAGGAGACCAUCAAAGCGCAGGGUCGGCAGAUCGGCAAGAUUGCACACUCCAAUCCAACCAUCACCUUCCAGAUCGUCAUCGAGCAGCUCCAGAGCUACGACAACCAAAUCCCCUUUGUCGUCGAUUCGUCUCGUUAUCUCACCGAGCUGGAUUUCGACGUCCUGACAUUCAGUCUGCUGGAGGCCCUCGCCACAGACAAGCCGCGGAUGCAGGACAAUGGCAAGACCGUCAGCAAGUGGCUGACCAAUCUGGCGACGUUCAUCGGGCAGAUGUGCAAAAAGCAUCCUCUCGAGCUCAGGGCGAUUCUGGAGUACAUGUGCAACCGGCUCUUGACCAACGAGACUGCCGAUCUCGUCAUUCUCAACAAGCUCAUUGCUCAGAUGUCGGGAGUCCGCCCCACGGAGGACUCAACCGUGUCCCAGCUCGAGGCCAUGUCCGGCGGCGAGACACUCAAGCGCGAGGUGCUCAUGUACGAGAGCCAGCGCACCACCCGCAAGGGCAGCAGCAAGCUGAUGAAGGCGCUGAUGGAAAGCCAGACGAUUGGGCCGCUGGCGCUCCUGAUUGCCCAGCAGAAACGCGAGAUUCUGUCCCGAAUGCGCAUGGACGAAGACAUCAAGGUGGCUGGGUGGUUUAUUGACCACUGCCAAAAUAGCUUCAUGCAGUAUGUCGACUUUCUCGCCUCCAAUCUCGACAAGGGCCAGUAUUAUCCCAUCUUUGAGAAUCCCGAGGUCAUCUGCCUCCGGUUUGGGCUCGAUCCGGAGGUGGCCUUCCAUCUCUUGCGGCCUAAACUCACGGGCCUGGUGAUGGGUCUCCAUGAUGGCGGACCCUCGCAGCCAGCCAACGUCGAAGGCUCCUCGACCGAGGAUGUGACCAACAAGAUGGAUGUUGACGCAGCCGAAAUCGCCGGCGAUAACGACAUGCACCUCGAUAUUGCCACCCGGCUGGAGCAGGAUCUAGCCCGCCCGAACAGCUGGCACCCAAAGCUCUACGAUACCAUGCGGUCGGUCCUGUCGAUCGUGCCCGAGAAGGUCUGGAGCGGAUUGUCCCCACAGUUCUACACGACAUUCUGGCAGCUCUCCCUCUAUGACAUCUUCAUUCCCUCGGCUCACUACGCGAGCGAGCAGGCCAAGCAGCGACUUAUUAUUGAGCAAAUCGAGCGGUCGGAGAACGCUCCUGGUGGCGCCCCGCUGUCCAAGCUGCUGAAAGACAAGGAGCGCGCAAAGCUCAUGCGCAACCAGCUGGCGCAGGAAGCAGAGCUGCAAGAGGCCCAUGUCAAGCGGGUCAUGGUGCGCCUGAGCAUGGAGAAAAACACUUGGUUCCCGGAAUACACAGCCAAGCACGUUGCCCGUCCAGUCUUCCUGAUCCAAUACUGCCUCGUUCCUCGACUGCUCUUCUCCGAGAGCGAUGCCAUCUACACGGCCCGACUGAUCCAUCACAUGCACAAGCUCAACGUCCCCAACAUCAAUAUCGCCAAGCUCUAUGAUGACGCAAGUAUCGGAUGGACUGUAGAGCCUACAGAAUCGAUGCCAACGUGCGCUUGCGCCCGUGUACAAGUGCAGGCAUAGGAUGAGGUUUGUACAGCAGCGCUUACCUCUCCCGUCCUCACCAGUUGCUUACCAGGGAUGUUGUCCAAGCCAUCAUGUACUCGUGCACUGAGAAUGAGGCCAAGUGCUACGGUCUCUUCCUCGGAGAAAUCCUGUCUGUUCUGACGCCGUGGCAGCGGUCUGCCAAGGCAUACGAUGCCGAGUCGAUGGUGAACGGACAGCUGUUCAUGAGGCUGUAUCUUCCCCGUGCCCCAAAUAUCAGCGACCACGAACGCUUCAAGCGGCUCAUGAGCAAAUGGCAUACGCAGUUCAAGAUUCUAUUU